AUGAAACCAAGAAGAACCACCGAGUCAUCUAGGGGCUCCAAAGCAAUUCAUGGGGAGGGCCCUAACUGGGUCCUUAUUGCAGGGAGUGCUUUGUUGAGCACCCUCUCGAUUCGCCUGGGUUACAAGCUUAAGCAGGUCUUUGAUGUUAAGCAACAAAACAGUAGUAGCCAGAGUCUUAAAGUAAAUGGAAAAUCCGAGGAACUGAAGAAGUCCUCAAGCUGCCGUUUGCACUCAAAUGGCUUUUGCUUUCCCCAUGAUGAAGAUGGUUGCUACAAUCAUUAUUCAGGACUCAGGACAGCUGUCGAGAUCAAACCUCACCUUAACGGCCAGAUAUCCGAACCCGAUGAGAGGCCCCUCUCGCUCGUAACCGUCCAAGCCUCCGAAUUCGACAAGGAAAAUGGCAUGAUUUGGUCCUCUGCCUCCCCCAAUCAUCGGCUUGAGCUCCCCCAGAAGCCUUUCCACCAAUCAAAUAGCUCCGAGUCCCCGUGCGUUUCUGAAUCCGGGUCAGACAUUUUCAGCAAGAGAGAGGUCAUUCAGAAGCUGAGGCAGCAGCUCAAGAAGAGGGACGACACGAUAAUCGAGAUGCAGGACCAAAUUACCGACCUCCAAAACUCUCUCUCCUCCCAACUUUCUCACUCCUCCCAACUCCAAUCCUUACUGGAUGCUGCAAACCGGGACUUGUUCGAGUCGGAAAGGGAAAUCCAGCGGCUGAGGAAAGCCAUUGCCGAUCACUGUGUGGGCCAAGUCAAGGGCCCUGGUGAGAAAACGCCCACGGUCCCAAUCUGGCCCGGGGACGUGAAAAACGGGUAUUUGGAGACGGAGGCCAAUUUGGGAUUUUUUGAAAAAGGCGAGGAGAAGGUCGAGUUGUUGAAGAGGGAGGUUCACGAGCUUAAGGAGCUGAUCGAGGGGAAAGACUAUUUGCUUCAGAGCUACAAGGAGCAGAAAUCCGAGCUGUCGGUGAAGAUUAAGGAGUUGCAGCAGAGGCUGGACUCACAGCUUCCGAAUAUUUUGUAG